GAUAGCUGGUAAUGGCGACGGUAAGAAGGAUAACAAAAAGAAGAAGCCGGAGAAGGAGGAAAAGAAGUUAGACCGGGAAAAAAAGAAGUCAGGCGAAGAUCUGAAACCUGCACCGACGCAGAUCAGCAAAAACGAAGAAAUGUAUGACAAUUUCGAAAAAUUUUACAGUCAGCACUGA